AUGGCUGACCUGGGCGAGAGCAACACGCCCACUCCCAAUCCUUCGGCCCCUCAGGACGUGCUUCAGCAACAAGGUCAACUCCAGCAGCAGCCGCUGGCCUCCAACCAGCCGGCGCCCAACGUCAACGCCGCCGGUGAAAACCUGCAGUGUCAGUGGCAAGGAUGCGGCGAGCGCUGCUCUUCAGCUGAAUCGCUCUACGAGCACGUCUGCGAGCGCCAUGUCGGUCGCAAGUCGACUAAUAACCUCAACUUGACCUGCGCCUGGGGCCAGUGCCGGACCACCACGGUCAAGCGCGACCACAUCACCUCCCACAUCCGCGUCCAUGUGCCCUUGAAACCUCACAAGUGCGAGUUCUGCGGCAAGGCCUUCAAGCGUCCGCAGGACCUCAAAAAGCAUGUCAAGACGCACGCAGACGACAGCGUCAUCAUGCGCUCUCCCAACAUGGAGGCGGGUGGCGGCCAGCGGCAAUCUCAAAAUGGCAUGGGACAAGGUGGGCUUUACGGCGCCUCAUACUAUGGUCGCAGUCUGACGGGACAAGUGCCUCCAAACUACUAUGCCCCGGCCAUGCCAGGUCCGCAAGAUUACACAGGCCAGCAUCACCCCAAUCAGUAUUACCAGCCUCACCCUCCCGUCCAGACUGGACAACACCCGGGUUAUGGCCCCGUGACGUACUAUAGCACUGCACCUCAGACCACCUACGACUACGAAGCUCGUAAACGCGGCUAUGAUGCCCUCGACCACUUCUUUGGCCAGGUCAAGCGCAGGGAGGUCGACCCCAUCAACUUCCAAAAUGUCAGCCGCCGUCUGUUUGAGCUCCAAGGACUCCAGCUGCCACAGAUCAUCCCGGCCGCGAUCCCGACUCCCGCCUACCAACCGGUGUCGGUCGGUGGUGGCUACGGACAAGAAGAUCCGAUUCAGGCCUACAGCUUGCCGCCGAUGGGUAACGCGAAGACGAGGGAGGAUUUGACGUCGAUCGAUCAGAUUCUGGAGCAGAUGCAAGCCACCAUCUACGAGAACGACGCACAUCUGACGGCGGGCGUCGCACCCACGGGCUCCGGCUACGUCACUUACGCCCGCUCGAGCAACAGUCCGCCAACCUCGUCCCACCUAUCAUCAGCUGCUGCUCAGGCGAACUCGGUCUCGUUGCUUCAGCACGGUCACCAAGACAGCAUUGCCAGCGCCACGGAUGCCAGCACGCCGGGUCUUACGCCUCCGUCGUCUGCCCAAAGCUACACGUCUGGCCAAAGCCCCCUGCCUGGCCACGCCGCCCCCACCGGCAGCGCCAUGUAUCCGACACUGCCAGCAAGUGCGAGCGACAUGGCAUACGCGGCUGCUAAUGCCGCAACUCUCAGCGGUCUCUACGAGAGUGAUGACCGCCGCCGCUGGGACGGCGGUCGACUUCAGCGUGCGGCUCCUGGGAAGGUCAAGGACGAGAUGGACAUCGCUAGUGACGGCUCCAUCACCCCCCCGGCCUCUGGUCUCAAGCAAGAGUCCCCCAAGGGCAAAAAGAAAGCUUCGCCGCAAGAUAAUGUUAUUGAUCCUGCCCUGGCGAGUGUCGAAGGCGUUGAGACGCCCCGGAGCGGCGAAUCCAAAGACACCCCUGACCAGACCGAGAUGUGGGUUCAAAAUAUGCGUCUCAUUGAGUGGAUGCGUGAGUUCAUCAAGAAGAAGCUCCAGAGUGGCGACUUUGACGACGGCAACGGGGCGGGCAAGGAUUCGGCGAAGGAUUCUGGCGAGCACCCAGACGCCGAGAUGACGGGCACGGACGACCACAAAGAAAAAUCCGAGGAAGAGCAACUCUACCCUGUGCUGCGGCAUGUGGAAGAAGCCGUGUAA